UUGUUUUUGAACGUCGGACGCUGAUUGGCUGUGAGUGUGAUGUAGAGCCGUUUAAACUGAGGGGCGGGAGUUAGCGAGUUUGAAUUCGCAGCUCGGAACAAACCGAUCAGAAAAAACACCGACAACAGACCUCCCGGUAAACACACGGAGAAAACCCCCGGUCCACAGACACUCAACACACGCACCAUGGCCUCUCAGAACCAGGACCCAGCAGCAGCAGCGACUCUGAAGGCCAGCGAGACAGGAGGCAGCGCGGCCAGGGGCUCCGUGACCAAACGGUUGCAGCAGGAGCUCAUGACCCUGAUG